AUUCCAAGAACAAAAUGCCCCCAUAACAUGUCUCGAUUGCCUUAGGCGACAAAGAAAUCUUCGUCUCCUAAUCUCACUACAAGUGUAGAGUGUGCAUGAGUUUCCCACAUCACGCUUCCUCCUCCAAUCAUUGCUGAAGCAUAGUAGUGAUCUCUCCUAUAUCUACACCCUUUGAUUGGUAUGUCACUUCGCAUGUCAAUGGACCAUCUUCGAGAAGUGGAAGGUAAGCGAGUUCAAGAUCCUCUUCUAGCUAGCAGGAAGAAACCUGCAACCUGCGUUCCUGGGCCUAUCAUAGUCGGCGCUGGUCCGUCGGGGCUUGCCACCGCCGCUUGCCUCAAAGAACAAGGCGUGCUGAGCCUGAUCCUGGAAAGGACUGAUUGCAUAGGUUCUUUGUGGCAACACAAGACCUACGACCGUCUUCGCCUUCACCUUCCCAAGCAAUUCUGCGAGCUCCCCCUCAUGCCAUUCCCAAAAGACUUCCCAACCUACCCGACGAAGCAACAAUUCCUCGCCUACUUGGAUUCGUACACGAGACGCUUCGACCUGAGGCUGGUUUUCAAUCAAACAGUCACGAGCGCGGAGUUCGAUCAAAGUUCGCAGUGCUGGCGGGUCAAGAGCUUGGGCCUCAAGGGUGAAGAGACUGAAUACUCGAGCCAGUGGCUCAUUGUGGCAACCGGGGAAAAUGCCGAGGAGCUCGUGCCCCAAUUCGAAGGGAUGAGCGACUUUGGAGGGCCGAUUCUGCACACGAGCUCUUACAAGAGUGGCGAGAUGUUUUGCAGGAAGAAAGUAUUGGUAAUCGGAUGCGGGAAUUCGGGCAUGGAAGUGAGCUUGGAUCUUUGCAAUUUCAAUGCUCGUCCAUCUCUUGCUGUUAGAGAUUCGGUGCACGUCUUGCCUCAAGAGAUGCUCGGAAGGUCGACUUUUGGCUUGUCCAUGUGGUUGCUCAAGUGGCUGCCCAUCGGCCUAGUGGAUUGGUUCCUGCUGCUAAUGUCGUAUUUUAUCCUCGGCGACACCGCUAGCUACGGCCUCAACCGCCCGAAGGUCGGCCCUCUCCAGCUCAAGAGCAUGUCAGGCAAGACGCCGGUGUUGGACGUGGGCACGCUCAAGAAAAUCAAGAGUGGAGAUAUUAAGGUUUUCCGUGGAAUAAAGAGAAUACGACACCACGCCGUGGAUUUCGUUGAUGGGAAAUCGGAGACCUUCGAUGCUAUUAUCCUCGCGACGGGUUAUAGAAGUAAUGUACCCUCAUGGUUGAAGGAGGCAGAUAUGUUCUCUGAGGAAGAUGGGUACCCAAAGAAGCCAUUCCCAAACGGAUGGAAAGGCAAGAACGGGCUGUACUCGGUUGGAUUCACCAAGCGCGGCCUCCUCGGUGCUUCCAUGGAUGCCAGAAGCAUUUCUCAAGACAUUGAGCAAUCGAGAAAUUUAGAUGGGGAAGGAAGGCAUUUCAAGGCUUUGUCUCUUGCAACGCCUCUACAUCCAUGAACAAAUUGCAGUUAUAGAUCAAGUGAUUUCAUUAAUUAGGAUGGGCAGCAGCAAGGUAGUACUGAUUUCAAUGGCAACUAAAAAAAAAAAAAAAGAAGGAGAGAGAGUGAAUGGUAGAAUUUUGCAAGAAUUGAUUAAGUUAGUGACAUGAAGGUCAUUUUCUUUUGUGGCCGGAUAUGUGAAUAUGAAGGGGAUUUCCAAAGAAGAAGAAGAAGAAGAAGAAGAAGAAGAAGUAGUAGUGAAGAAUCAAAAUUCUCAAAUUCGUAUAUGUGUAAAUUGUUGUAAGUUUACUAUCCUUUGUGUAGUUAGAUAUAGUCAUCAUUGAUGGGAGUGUAGGCUUGGGUGUUAGUGCUAGAAACAUCUGUAGAAGUUGAAUUAGAUGGUUGUUCUUGCUUAAGUAUUUUUUUUUCCCUUCCUCAGGGCAUAUUGGAGCAAUGUAUAUACAGCAAUGUCCAUUUAUAUUGAUGAUCUUA